AUGUCAAGGUAAACGGAUUGUGUAAAGGCUAUUUCUGCGAAUGUGAAUGAUGAAAAUGUAUUGGACGUUAAUGAGUUAUAACAUGAAAUCGUUACCUUAUUUUGUAGAGUUACUUUUGCAACAUUUUUCUCUCAAACCUGUUUGCAAUGAGAACACGACAAGUUGAAAUACAGAUGUCGCAGUUGAAAACUAGAUUUAGCCACUCUCUAAUAGUUAUGCAACUUUGGACACAGUAAUCUAAAGAAAAGUGUUCUCUUUGUGCUGUUUAUAGUCAGAAAAACCCAAAUGCCAUAUUUGACGAUAAAGAAGACGAAAUUCUGCAAGCUUCUGUCACUGCCCCAAAAACGUCAACAAAAAAGGCCUUGAUCAUUUUGUUAUCGGUACUGCUCGCACUAUUGCUCAUCGGAAUAACCAUAAUUGUCGUCCUCUUCGUCGUCGCAAACAAUGUUGGAUAUGCAGUGCGUUUAUCUUAAUAUCACAAUUUGCAAAUUUUUACGUGUAUUAGAGAACUGAAUACAAAACAACCUGAGACGCUAUAUGAAAGUGUUUGAUGUAAUGUACAAAAGCAACCUAAUUAAGUUUUACCUUGUCAACAAAGCUGUUAGAAAAAAACAUACUUUAAUCGCGGGGCCAGUGUCUUUUAUUAUUUUCCGUUAAAUAAAAAGUUGCAACAACCUGGAUUUUAACAAUUUUCUUCGGGAAAUUAUGUCCUUUUGCUAAGAACUGCAUAGCUAGAUUAAUAUAAACAUUAACGGUAUUCAGCAAAAGGUUUAAAUUAGUUAUCUACUUAUAUCUUUCAGUACGCCCUGAUGAUAGAUGCUGGAUCAACAUCCUCAAAAGUAUCUGUGCUUAAAUGGCUGGAUUAUCCUUUCCGCAAAAAUGGUUGGGUUGAACAAGUCAAUUACACAGUAAAAGGUACCACAGAAUCAUUAUGAAGAAAAAAAGCUGAAAAAAUGUAGUGCGAAUUUCAUUUUAUUAUGUCCUUUGUUGGUUACAAUCCUUUGAUCUGCUUACAAAUAACUUUUAGUUAAGCAGUAACUAGCAGUUUUAGAAAUUAGACAGCAUAUUGCUCAUUGCUGCAAUGUAACAAGCAACAACUUUGAUCGUUGCCUACUCUAAAAUGCAUUUGCAGGCUUUUUUAAAAAUAAGCGUACAGUUCUAAUACUGUUUGUGACACAUUCGACACUAGUGGCAGUUUUGAAGCUUUGGCCUAUGCCUUUACUUCGUGUUUACUUACACAGUUGCUGUAUCGUCUAGAGCCAGGAAUUAAGCGAAAUGACUGACUUUGUACAUCACCCGGGCAAUAUCGUGUAAAAACGUAAUCGAUAACAACUUAUUUGCAGUCAUGACACGUAAGUUUGACGAAAAAAUUAGCCGAACAGUCCGUGCAGAAAGAACGACAGAAAAAGUCAUAAUUUCAGAGCGAAUAGAUAAAGUAUCCCAUGAAGCUUAGAAAGCAGAAAUUGACCUUAGGCUGUUGAACGUUUUGCGAGUCAUUGUAUUAUUACCUUUGCUGUGAAUUUGUCCGCAGCCCUAAUAGAAGUCAAAGAUAAAACCAAAUUUUCGAUUAAAUAAGCCUCCAUUUUAUAUUUGGAGUUGACAGAAUGUGUCUCUCAGUAAUAAUAUUUCUCUUCAAAACUGUAUUUGUGCAUAUGUGAUAGAAUAACUAAAAUUCGAUUACUUUUAACUUAUAAAUACGAACUCUUUUUUAGUUAACUAAGUCAAAUUAAUUGGUAACAUUAUAAAUCAGAGACACUUUAAAACGACAAACUAGAGUCCAUUGACUGAUAUUUUAAGCAUACACAGUACUAAAAAAAGACUUUUGAAUAGAUUGAAGCAUACUGUUACGGAUUAAUUGUUUAAUUAUUCCAUUUGGCUGGCAAAAACAGAGGUAUUAUGUGAAUGUUUAACGAAUAAAUAAAAAGUAAUCUCUGAUACUUAAGGGUGAAAAUUUCAGGAAUAUAUGCACCAGAGUGUUCAGCAACGUAAGCAAAAGUUAACAAAUAUUAGCUUGACAAUAAUAUCAUUAAAUAGGCCUAUUACAUACGAGAUAAACUUGAUUCAGUCAAUAAUCAAUAAUCAAAACCCUUUUGAAGAACCGGGAAUUUCUGCUUAUGGCGAUAAUCCGCCGCAGGCUGGCCAGGAACUGUUCCCCGUCUUGUAUAGCAUGCUUCAACAAAAUGUCCCCGCCAACAAACGCAAAUCUACAUCCCUUUACCUGGCAGCCACCGCCGGAAUGCGUUUACUAGAGUAAGUUUCUCUAAAAUUUUACGUUCAUUAAUGUUUAGUUUAAUACAAUUCAAAUGAUUCAAGCAACGUUACGCAAAAAAUAAAUAUAUGGAAUUUUAAUAGGGCUUCUUUAAUAUUAAUGCGUUUAUUUGCUGAAUAUAGAUUCCUCAUAUCUGCUUUGUAAGUUUUGAGAGUGAAUCUAGCAAGGACUCAUGAAUGCAGCAAUAUAUUAUUCCACAAAACGGAUCUCAGUGAAUCAGUUUAGUUAGCCAACUACAAAUUUAAUAUCAUAAAAAUUGCAAGCAACCUAUGAUAUUUUGCAGUUAUUUUUAAAUGUGCCAUGGAAGGUCAUUGAAAAUGACGGAGUUUAAAGCAAUAUCAGCAAUGUCUUAUAAGAAACCCACGGUCUGCACUUCCAAAGACGGUCAACUUAAAAUAAAUUGACCCCGUAUCGAUUAACUCAAGCUCAAACAGUUCAACUGAGAAUUAAGUUAUAUCCCGACAUGGGAUGCUCCUAUAUUUUUUCUAAGAGUUCCCCAACAAAUAUGCACGACUGCACACUACAGAGAACAUAAUUAGAAGAUAUGUGCACACUUUUACGCAUUAACGUCUCAACCAGCGGUUAUUGUGCAUUAAAUCAAAACAUCUGGUACUGAGAUAUCACUGAAACACGCACAACUGUUUUAAAAUGGGAUCUUCUUGGUGUCAUAUCUUUGAUUUAUUAGGUUACACGGUUUUUCUCCAUAAAACUGUUAAACUGUGGUGGUGUCUGUCACAGGUUCGGCUGACGCACUCUUUUGGUUACUUUAAGCAUUAAUGAACCUCUAAAAUCGGAUGCCAUUCUGCAGGACUUGCGCCAGAAAUUACCACACGUCGGCGCUACGGUUCAUAACAUUUUCUCGGACAUUCGCAUAAUAAGUGGGUCUACAGAGGGUCGUUAUGGUUGGGUUGCCGCAAACUAUUUGGAUAAAAAACUGGGAGACGUGAGUUUUACAAGUUUUUCAUUGAUAACGUAUUUUGUCGAAAGGAAAAAUUUGCCCCAAGAAUAGAGAAAUUGGCGUUUGUUCUGUAAGUUGAUAACGAUAUCUUUACGGCUGCGUCCACCUAUAUUUUGUAUGAGCAAAUAAAAUUCGUGGAUACCGAAAGCGAGCAUUUAAAGCUCCUCGUUUCAGCCUCAGCCAACGAGGUUUUACCUGCCUUCCCUCGCUCCUAAUUCCAUGCCGCUUAUAAUUUUUAGCUAUUUAAAUGGAGCUUGCCUAGUGUGUUAGCGUUGAAGCAGUCCAAACUAGAAUUUGAGUAUAAUAUACUCAGCAACAUUUAGGAAAGUCAAACGUCCUUAGCAUUUAAUAAUGAAAUAAAUCAUACUUUUUGUUUGAUACCAGUAUUCAAGGAGUAUUUUAAGGCAGUAUUUUUUUAAAAUUAACUUGAAAAAUGGGCUUUAAAUGAUUGCGAACGUGAAAACAUACCCACAAAUAUGAGAUAAAAGCUCUACGUACAUGAAUAAAUUGUAAGUUCUCUGGUGGCCUUAGAUAUUUAUGCUGAUAUGGUAAGAAGUAGGAUGUGCAAUGUAAAACCAUUUGUGAUUUAAUUUAUCUCAUGCGCAUGUGUUAUGGCAGUUCGUCCAGAAUAUCGGUCAACUCUAUUUUUAACAGACAAACGUAAACGUCUCCAUAUUCCAGAAUACGGACUUGUAUUAGUGCGGGUAAUGUACAUUUGCACAAGAACUUUGAACAGGACAAUGCCGAAACCAGCAGCUAUUGUUCAAAGUCCAGUCCUAUCUAAUAAAAGGCGUCACUUGUUUAAAAAUCAAGAGCGGUCAACAAAAGACCCGAAUGUGGCAAUCGCUUGGAUCUUGUGAGCACUUGGCCUAUCCUCAUAAUACAUACAGGGAGUUAAUAGUAAUAGCAUUCGGGGUUAUGCAAUUGCCCUUGCCAGUUCCAGAUUUCAGUUUCAAUAAAAACCAGGACGAGCAUAUUCCAUGCUCUGUCUGAAUUGGUUAACGCAAACACCACAUAUAAAUACCUACUUGAAUUUUCCUUCAAAAGUGCUGACGUAGAAUAAAACAACGGACAGAAUGCUAUUUUAUUCUUAACAAUUCACAACAUAAACUUUUAUUGACCGUUAGUAAACAAAAGCGGAAUGACUGAGACCUAAACGCAUGCGCACACUAUGCUAUGUUUGCGACAAAACUUUCUAAACCAGGUCAUUUAGCCUGGAUAUAUGUUCAGAAACUGAUACUAUCUAGUCUAAAAUAAGCAUAGAAUGAUUGAAAUUCUGAGCAUAAAAUACGAACCUAAUGCACAAUGUUAUCAUUCAGCCUGAAGGCACGCCUCCAAAACCAGCGGACGAAACGGUUGGCAUGCUUGACCUCGGGGGUGCCAGUACUCAAAUUGCUUUUGUACCUACGAAGGAUGUUCCCGCAAAACACACCAUGCCAAUUAGCAUGUUCGGUCAGAGCUACAAUUUAUAUAGCUACAGUUUCCUAUGCUAUGGGAAGGGAGCAAACGGUCAGCGAUAUAUUGCACAGAUAAUCUCCGAAGCUAAAAACUUGGUAAGGGCAAGGCCAUUUUUGCAAUUUAAUUGAACCGGCUAAGUUAUUAUUGACUAAAAAAUGCGUUCUAAACAUAUAUAUUUAUGUAAACUCUGUCACAGUCUAAAGUACAUUCAUGCCAAUUCCUCACCCUUUAUCAUGGCAACCAUUAUGAAUAACCAUUUUACAUCAUAACUGCCUUUAUUUCCUACAGUUGACUUGUAUAUUUACAACUACACUCGUAUCUUUCGAAAUAAUUUAUUAUCAACAAGGUUUUGCCUAAGACAGGCGUCCACAGUAAAUUAAUUAACGGAAGGGCGGUGUGCAGUGUCAAGUGUCAGAGUCAACGCCGUCUGAGGUCACAAGUCCAACGCAUAGAUACAACGCUCAUGAAAAAGAACCUUAAAUAUUCGACUUGGUUAAAGGCAGGUUAUCUCUGACCAGAAGGGAUGUGAAUCUAAGAUAAAUAAAAGUUCUGGAGGAUGAAAAUUCUGAACACUGGUGGAGGGAUUUAGAACCGAUUAAAAGCACUGCAGGGCAGUCCAUGCGACCGCAGACCGACGACACUAAUACCGCUUCGGUGACAUAAUGAAGAAAAUACAGCAUCCGCUCUCCGAAAGGCUCCAACUUUAAUGAAAGCAGGUAAAGAACGGAAAAGAUUUUCUUUUGUAUCAUCAUGGAACAAAAAUCCACUGGAGCGGAGAACAAUGGACAUGCACAAACAUUCGGAUGAUGCAGUACUAGUGAUGAAGUGAAUAACAGGUUCGGGGUUCUGAGCCGCCCGAGUUAUAACGCUGACUAGCUUAGACAGGCCAGCCGCAAAUUUUCUAGUGCAGGCCACGGCGUUAAGUGUCUGAGAUAUAACCUGGCGUCGUACCCGAAAUGUCAGCAAAUGUUUGAGUCAAAGACAUUCAACCACAGUGGAACAACCACGCAAUGCCCAGUCUGAAACCAAACAGGACUUCUAGUAGUAAAAGUUUAUAUGACAGAUGGUCUACCGCACUCCCGACUAGCUAAACACACAGGCACGUGUUUCGCUGAGGCUUUUUUAUAUGAUGUGACUGCCAAGGGUUCAGCUCAUAAAUAAGUCCCUCAAAUUGCGCUGUGCGGUUUCAGGCAUUUGAACUCCAGAAAAUAGUCGAGGUAAUACUUUCGGCGUAGUUAGUACCUACGCCAGGAGUGCGGUAUACCCAUCUAUUGACAGACUAGUCCAAAUAAGAAAUACUGUUUUUUUCGCCCAAUUACCCACUCUGUACGAGAUGAUCGUAGUCCCAAGGCAACUUCAAACUUGCAAAUUCCAUGGGAUGUCUAAAAAGAAAGCGACCCUCAACUUUUGGAUCAACUGACCUCGUCCAUCCAGAACCUUUGAGGGCAGGGAAAAAUUUGCAGGAUGCAGAACACACCGUUUUUAGACGAAACGAUCGUGGAUAACCAUCGGGAUAUCUCCCCCCUCAUCAUUUCUAAAAGGGACAUCAUUCGCACUUUCUAGCCGCUUCAGCCUGUAUCUGGGACAAGAAACUUAUCCGGGGACACGCUUCACAUUUAAAAACACACUUGAACUUCCAUAACAAACUUUAAAAAUCCACGAUUACGCCUAAGGCAUCAAGCUACGAACAACAGAUUUUAAAGCGCCUUUGGUGGCUAAACCAGUGGCAAUAACUGUGAACAGAAACAUAAUUUGGAGAGAAACUUCUGAAUGUAGAUUUCUAGAUAGAUCAGUCUCAUAGUCAGAAACCUAUGCUUAGACAUACUGACCCAUUUCAUGCAAAAUACGUCUACCUUGAUGUUUUCGUUAACAGAAGUAGUAUAGAAGGGAGUUGUUUAUCUGCCCUGGUAUUAUUUUGUUCCACGCUUUACCUUGUGCUAAUGAAAGUUUGCAUCAGUGAACGAUCUACAAUCGGUAUGAAACAAAAAAGGACCAUAAUUUGUUUAAACCUGGGCGCAUACUAAUGUCAUUGUAGAUCUUUUAGUUUCCAGUCAUUGAAACUUAUUCACUACACAUGUCAAUCCAAAGCUUUUAAUAUUUAUGGACCAAUGUCCCUGCAUAAAAGUUUAUGGCUUAGCCGCAUUCCAGAUCUCUAAGGUUAGUCAGGCCAUUAAUAGCUUAAGACUGCCUCUCAGAAGUCUCCACGCUAUACCUUGGAAGGCCCAGAGUACGACGAUGAAUCUAGAAUGCCAAGAAAUGACGUUAAUAUCACCCAACGCAAUCUAUUCUAUCUCCGUUAACAAGUAAUCUGGACCAGUAUGAGAAAUGCGGAAGGCCUUUGUUUACACUACAGACCAACGAAAAAAAUAUCAGUACAGCAACGAGAGACAUCGAGAGUGUUCACAAAUUCUCCACGCCUCUUGCAACAAAACCUCGUUUUCUAGGCUGGCCUCACCCUCUUUGACCACUGUCUUCCCACUUCUAAACAAAUGGCUACUUAAAGACAGAGCCUAUGAUUUACAACCACACAACCUCCGUAGGCCGAUCAAGACUGCGCCGGCUUGCUGUAACGUGAAGCACAAAGAUUUAAGCAUUGUUUGUAGCAACGAAAAGACAUGUGCUCGUGCCCGCUGUUCCAGAUAUCACUUGAGAAGUUUCGCUGUCCACCGAAACUUCCAUGGUAAACAUGUCUCAUCCAGUGGACUUCCAUUUACACCCUAUUAAUCUACAGAGAUUAUUUUUUGCUAAGCAGCAGUAUAAACAUUCUGUUCACACUUUAAUCACGUCCGUCACUAGAACAAAGGAAAGUUCGCGGAAGAUUACAAGGCAAACGGUGUUCAAUAUCUGCCGAUUUUAAAUUACUCGCGCUCCUCAACUCUUUCCCCUCAUCGACCAAAUAAAAAAGAGCGUUUGCCAGAGAUUGCAACCGUCUAUUAUAACCACAGUUUCGAUGUAUUUCCCUAGUCAAUUACGACCUGUUUCCAAGCCUAAACUGUACAGCUCACUUUUGUUCAUGAGCCAUCCGUUUAUCUGCGUGAUAUUACAUGCGAUAUUACAGGACCUGGUUGCUUUUUCCUACUUGAUUUGGACCACACGUGACAAAAUCAGUUAUUUUCAAUACAUUUGAUCUACUCUUUUAGUGGGCAUUCAGCAAACCGGAUUCGGCUGAUAACCCCAAUUGACCAAGCAUAAUGGCCACUGGCCUUGAAAACCCUUUUGAUGAAAAGCUCAUUUUCACCACCAUUAUCACUUUCUUGACCUCGAGAGUUUGCAGAAAUCUGCUGGUGAAUGCUCUAGCAAAAUGUGGGCCUCAGCAAUCUGCAGUCAUUUGUGUUGACCCCCCACAAGGCCUCUUCGGUGCACUAACAGUUGGGUACCCAACAUAUUGGAAAAAUUCGCUGUGUUUGUGGCUUUUCAAUAUAAGACUGUUCGUCAUUUGUUCCUCUGCCAGGUACAACAUCGAUACUAUUUCGUCCAAUGCGGAUUUGACCUUGAAAUGAGACAGGCUUUUCAUAUGCUUUUUACGCAUAGCAUUUUACUGAAUUCCAGUUACAGUGUACGUUUUGGGCUUGCCUCAUUAAUCUUCUGUUAACGAAAUCUGAGCAGGAUCGUUACAUUAUUGGAUUGAAUCGUUUGAUUCUACUGUCUACUUGAAUAACGGAACCUCAUUCUAAUUAAUAACAAUCAUUUCUGGAUGCAUCACAUGACUCAACAAUGAGGCAAAUAGAAAACGAUUGCACCAUUAAACCUUCUUUUACUAAAUAUUUCCGAUUUUAAAUGAUAAGAGCUGGCGAAACCCUCUUUCUAAAGUUUUCUGAUCAUUUUUAAAUUAGAAUACGGUAAUGAGUCCUUGCCACCUUCGAGGAUAUGAAAAAAUGGUUGACACAGCGACGAUAUUUACGGCACCUUGUGUAACGUCGAAGUUUGCUGAACAGCUGAUUGGAUCUCAAAUUAACCCACCAGCGGUAAGCCGAUUUUGUGAUUGAAAGAUAGGGUCUAACCACCAUUGUUUGCGCUAAAAAGUUUGAUUUGAACUAAAGUAUUGUUUUUGUAAAUUGUUAUGGAUUCUAAUUUUCCAUACGUGGCGGGUGACUUCUGCAUUGGAAUUGAGCGCUCUAGAUUAAAGAACUACUUUCUAGGCUACUCUUUGUGUAAAAUGUGUAAAACCGCACGUAUGUAAAGACUUUAUCCAUGUAGAUGUCCGUAACUUUGAGACAAAUGUUAUUGUAAGUCGCUACGAUCGUAAAUGUGAGCUUGCAUUGAUCAAAAUAAUUUGUAAAAUAAGCCCACGAGAAAUUGUUAAAAAUGUUGACAGGGUAACAUUUCCCUCACCAUUUUUAUCAUACGCAUUUACUUAAAAUCUAAAACUUUUUUGACGGAAACUAAGACCGCUAAGGGAUUCUUGUAAGUCAUGCACUCCAGCUGAUAUGUUCGUUUCCCUUUUCAUUCAUGUAAACGGAUUUAUUCUAAAAAAGACGAAAGUGGUGACAUUCAACAGCACACACAGUGUGCAAAGUUAAAGAAAUACUAAGUCUGAAUAUUUUGCCUACAAAAAUAUAGACGAAAAUAACAAUCAUGAUUUUUUUGUCCGGAUUCGGAACAGGGGCGGUUAAUGAUUUAUAAUAACCCAGAACACUUCAUCCGAGUUACCCUUUUCUGUUUAUGCAGUAAAUACCAGAUUUUCCUGUUUUAUGUCUAGAAUGUCAGCCUAAAGCAAGAGAGGCCUAUCGUCAUCUGCGCGCAGUCGGGAUAUGUUGCUUUAUUUCGCCGCUAUACAAAUUUUAAUUAGCCAGCCUUAUAAGGAGAGCGGUAAAAUUGGAGUUGGAACCUAUUUUGGUACUGACACUUCAGACGGACUUAAGCACUCUUCUUCUACUAGCCUAAUCCAAAGUACACAAAGGGAGCUUUGAUAACCUCAUGCGAGGUUUUAAAUACAGGAUGUCGCAACAAUGUUGCGUACUAUGAAAUAUAUAAUCAGUACAAAUUAUAAAGUACAUCUUGAAGAGGAAGUCUAAUUUCAAAAUAUAUUGAAUAUGUAUACAGUCAUGACUGCCAAAGAAUAAUAUUUUUAAUCUCAAAUUCCAUUUUAGAAUAUGCCUCCGCAAGUCAAAAUAGUCGGCGAAGGCGAUCCAGGGAAGUGCAGCAGGGAAGUCAACAAGCUUUUUCCUUCAAAGGGAUGCACCCAUGAAACAUGUUCUUUCAAUAAUGUCUAUCAACCACCUGUCCGUGGUAAAUUCUUUGUAAGUCAUGGACGCAUUGUGAUCACUUUAAAUGGAAGGGAGUGAAAAAAUUGAGGAAAGUGUGAGCAUAGCAAAAAGCAAUGGCGCAGUAUCGUAUGCUUCUAAAAAAUUUCUUUGAAAGUCAACUAAGCAACUACAUUGAUGAAGUCGAGAAAGGCUAAAUUAGCAUACUUUAUUUCUAAAGAAGCAAAAGACACGUUUCUAGUAAGCGCUUCUUUUGAAAACAAAGAAGACGGGGUUCCCUUUACUGGGACGAAGUGUUUUCAUUGUCUGCGACAGGAAAAGAAUAACAAAUGGGCGUUGACGCUUGUGGCUUAGAAGACUGCCAUCUGAAGAAAUAACUGGGUCCCCUCAGGACGGUAAUGCAGACUGCAAUAGCUUCUUCUUAACGUGGCCUCUACGCCAGUCACACUCGGAUGCGAUCAGCGAUCGUACUGUUUUUGGGAAAACCAGGUCGUGCGUAGCACGCAUAGAAUGGAUGUCCGGUUUUGUCAAUUACGGCGCCAAAGCCCACCUCCGGUCGUCCUGACUACGUCAUGCCUCGCCUCCUGGCAAGGCAAGAAAUAAAAGGGUGCGGCAGAUAAUGUGCAAGUUUGCUACCACGAUAAAGCAAUUUACGUGCAAGUCACCGUCCCGCGCCUACCACACUUUGGGACACACAGUAGACAUCAUUUUUCUGGACGGAAGAACUCACGCUUGCAGUUCCUUUCGGCCUACGAUAAUGGGCGUGGGAGGUCUCCAGAUUGAGCAAUAUGGUUUCAUUUAUGGCCAGAAGUUCAGAAUGACCCGUCAAUAAUUUCUGCUAAGAGCUUUUAAUAUUUUUUACGCGUCAAAUUUUCAUGCUGGCUGCCACCCAACUUUCCUGACGCGUUGACAAAAAGACCACCGUCUGUUGCUUGAUGCCCUAUAUCAAAACGCGCUCUAGUUUUUACGCAUUCAUUGUGUGAGUCCUCAUCCAGCUUGACUUCGACAAUUUAGUGGACUGUUUGUGCAUAAAAUAAGAUGGAGAUGCCUAGAUAUUUAACAGGAUUAUAGCUGGUCCUUUGAGUAGAUCAUUUAACUAUGUUCAGUUGACAUAGUUUGAUGAGCAUCACCAGAAUCUAGUCGCACAAAGGGACUAUCUGUUGCUUUGGAAUUGUUUUCGAUGCAUGACACAAAACUUCAUGAAAUCGUCGCGGUUAGUGCCUCAGUACGUUACUAUUAGUCCAUAAAGACCUGAGGAUAAUCAUUCCAACGGAGUUAGCCAUAGUAAUUUUUGAUUUUAUUGGCCUUUUAUACAUCCAUUACCAAAUUAUAUCGACUAGUAUUUGUCGUACAAAAGAUACCACUGCCCUCUUUUUUACAAGGCAUUUUCAGGCUUCUAUUUCCCCAUCGAAUUCCUCAAAUUCCCAACCGGCGGAAAGAAUCUCACCAGGUCGCAAGUGAGAAAUGCUGUGGAUGCUUACUGUCGAAAGAGCUGGACAGAGGUCUGUCGUAAAACAAUGUUAAAUAUGAAUGUAAAAUCUUUGACUCUUUUUACGAACCAAAAUAAAAUAACGAACGAGAAAGAGAGGCCAAUUAAAAGGCGCUCUGAUAAACGUUUCAUUGGCCAAAAAUUUGUGGGAGUUUUGAUGUGCAUCUCGAAAGCCCCCAAAAUUUUAAAACUUUAAGCAUAAACUUCAUUAAAAUUCCUACACUGAUCUUUAGAGCACUUAAGACAGCAUUUACAUGCGUGGUCGUACCUCGCACCCUCAUUUUGAGUUUUUAACCUACACGCCACCUAAGGACGCUAACACGACAAAUGCUAUUCCAAAACUUAACCAACCGCUUUAACGAACCACUAGUAAUUAACCUUUGGAAUACGAUAGACAAACUUUGUAUAUGGAAUAUGCGCCUUACAUCACAGGUGGCCUUGCGCUAAAUUCCAGGGACCAUCUAUUUCCUUGGCUUAGCGCUAACUUUAGCUCUAACUCUAUCCCUAACUGUAACUCUGACGCACAUCCUAACCUCAACAACAACCCUAACCUCUUGAGUAAUUUAGCCCAAGGCCACCUGUGAUUCGGGUGAUGUCUAAUUCUGUAUAAUAUCAUCUUGGUAGCGUCUAUCCAUCUAGACAGUGCUACGGGUAGUCCAUGGGAAGCGGUGCCGGUCGCCCUGUGAUUUCUUUAUGGACACUACACUUUCUACUAGUUCAAAAAUCGAAAUUUAUUGAGAUGUGACCUUUCACGAGGGAAUAUAUUUAGUUGAAUUACUCUCCUGUUGAAAUUGUAAGCAAAAUCGCGUAGAAGCCGAAUAAGGUGUUUAUAAUUGAUAAACUUUACACAGUAGGUUACAUUAUACGCUCAUUCACUGUGCUUGGCGGAUGGUUUUAGAGCCUAGAUAUUCUAAAUAGGGAUUUGGGUAUGGCUGGUUGACAACGGAUGAUAAGCCAGAAAUAGUUACUCUAGGCUCCCUUGUUAGCGAUCCCAUUUUGCUUAUACUAUUAGUUGUUUUUGACAGUCUGUGGGGCUUUAUGUCGGGCCCAAACCACAAUGGGACGAGCAUACUCAUAUCCCGGUCGAUGAACGCACCUAAAACCUAUUCUAUAUACCCGGUCGCAACUGACAGGAGUACGAAAAAUCGUCUCAACCCAAAGCGCAUUAAACUAAAUGACCACGGAUUCUGGGUCCGAAUCCCAAUUGUUCUACCCCUCCGGUUAGGUAUGGUAGGCUGAUGACGAUUUAUAAUUCAGAAAUGGUCAUUCCAGUCUCUCUUCUCUUUAUUAGUGAUGCCAUUCGGAUAAGUUGUAAUACAGGUAAUCGUCUUUGGUGAUUUCUGUGCUAAAUAGGGAAUUUGACCUAUGCAGUAAGCGUUGUAACGUAUGCGCGAUAAGAAAAGUAUAUGAUUUAUUAUUGUGGGUAAAAAUACUUCGGUGGAAGAGGAAGAAAACCGUCAGUCAACAUUCAACAAAUAACGCGGUUGUGAGUGUAUAUUUGCUUCCACGUUAAAUGGUCUUCAUUCCAGUGUUGAAAACUGUAAAAAUCUGGUGAUUUUCCAUAAACAGUAUCCAUCCUACCUCACAAAAUGUUAACCAGAAUUCCGAACAACGUUUACAAUCACAAAAGAUUGUCAAAUGGGGUUGUGGUAUUCAUCAUCGUGCAACAUACUCAAAAGAGGCUUCAGUCAGGACCCGACGUCAGUCUUUAAGACGUUUUCGGGACGCCUGCAAAAACUAUAUUUGGCAAAAGUGGACCACUCAUAUAGCAUGAAUUUUCCUAUUUGUUUUCGAUAUCCCUAUAAAUCCAAAUGCUUUGUAAGAAAUAUGCACAAAAUAUUUUUAUACUCAUUUCGUAGCAAAUUACGUCUUCUUCAAAUUUUGCACUUGAUGGAAGAGUAUCUCCAGGUUUUAAACUCCUUCCCAAUUCUCGAAUAUUUUCGAAUCUGAUUUCCGAAUACGCUUAAUGUAUCCAAACGAAAAACUGUAUACUUUCCAUAUAAACAAAUCGUAUAUUUAACGUAUACAAUAUAUACGUCAUAAAAUUCACACAACUUCUGAAGUGAAAAAGGACUAUGAUGUAUGAAGUUCGGCAGGCGGUUUCCACAAUGUCUAUCUUAUGCUCCACAGCUGGGGGAGAAUAAGCAGGGUUACUUGCGCGUCAUUCCUUUAAAAGUGCUACUUGACUUACGCUGAAUAUUCUGCACUCUCAUCUCCUCUCCCAACUGGGCUUGGUGUCAAGACAUAGUCAAAAAGACCGGAGGUGGGGGAAGACGCAAGUGGCUGGCGCGGCCGGACCCGUAUCUAGCCAGCUAUAUACAGACCGAAUUAGUCGUGUACUAGCUAAAAUUCGACACACUGUUUUGCCACAAGUUUGACUUGAGAUAAAAAAGUGCAGGUCGCCAUCACUAUCCAGUUUCUCGCAACACCUGCUAGCUUAAAGUACGGGCUUAUGUAAUUCAUCUUUGUCUCCUGCGUGGGGAUCCCCCGACACUCCGCAUGUGGUUUUUGGAAUGACUCUAAGCUUAACAGGAGGUAGUAACAAAUUUGCAAAAUGCAUCUCUGGGAUAUUAGCCCGUAUAUGUGUUGAGAUUAUUGGGAAAAUAUUUACGUCAAACCAUAUGCAUAAGUAUGUUUUAACAUAUGGGGAAUUUCCUUCUAGGUUUAUGGUGUCCAACUGAUGAGUUUACGUAGGAUUGGGGUAGGCUCAACAAGUCCUGGUUGGGAAGCUCUAGGGGCUUGGCUAACAUCGCAAGACGUGACUGUCAGGAACGAGCGCAAUUUGAGAGAUUCAGUGACCGGAAAUGUGGCAUGUAGAAUUGAACAUAAACACCGAUAAGGUGCCAGCAAAAAUUGCAGCAGCUUUGGCUGUCACAAAACACGACUGAAGCAAUUAAAUAACCCGUUCGACAGGUUAUGGUGUUGGCAUUAGGGGAAGGAGAACGCAAACACAGGGCGGCAGAGGACGGUAAACGAUUUCUGGUGGUCUUCAAAGAAUGCAGCUGGAGGGUCACCCGGAUAACAGUUGUCAUUGUGAUGUGUCCGUGACUCUGACAAAGUCCUGAAAAAUAUCAAUCCCCGGUGUUUCUGAUGACGUAGAAUGUAAGCUACAGUUUCGUGCAGUCUCUAAACCUAAAACAGCGUAAAAGAGACACUGUGUUCUUGCUGCCAUGCUUCUGUUACGAGUAUGAGAGACCUUGCUUUUAAAAAUGAACUAUCUGUACAUUCGGCUGUGUCUGUUAUUUACGAUGAGGGUAAGCAAGAACGUGUGCGAAUAAAAUCCUUGCAAAAUUGGUGGCAGUUGAAAUCAGUCUCGAAGUAUUAUGCACGGAGCCAAAAAGACAUGACGCACUGUUGAAACGUGGUCCUUUCUGUUUGACAUUCUGCUUUUACAGCACUGGUAUGCAUGACUUUUCUAGGAUUAACAGGCUAGCAAGCUUGUUCAUUUUAUCGUUCUUAUAUGCCUAUUAAGCGUAAUUUCGUGACUUUUUAAAAUGCGUUUGCAAAACAUGAGCCUAACACUUCUUUUUUGAAAAAAAGGUUGCAAAUUGUAGAGAGUAUUAACAUUUUAGUCUGGGCCUACGAAAACCUUUCCAACAUUGCUUAGUACUCAUUUUCUAGAUGCUAAAAGAUCUGAUCAAACUGUAUGGUUUAUCUAUGCAAUACGAGUACGCAAUGUACAAUUUAUCUUUUAAAACAGAGUGGAAUACUGUUUAUACUGUUUCUGCGUUUUAAUUGGUUGUAAUUAUUGCUGCUAUUUAGGUAGCUCAGCAGAAUAGGCCAGAAACGCACAAGUUUGUUGCGGAUUACUGCUUUGAUGGACAUUAUAUUGAACGUCUCUUGGAGGGCUAUGGCUUCAAUUCAAGUGACAGCUGGAGGAAUAUCGAAUUUGUAAAAAAGGUAAAACACGCCCUCUUUGGAAUGCGAAAACAAUUUCUGAAAGGCGGAUUAUAAUACAAAGCCCACUUUUAUAGCGGUCCGGAAAAGUUUUCAAGCCUUAUUUUUCCGUACAAUAGAGAAUAAGUUAAAGUUACUAAUUAAAACUGGCAAAGCAUAUGCACAUGCGUUUUUAGCUGACUUUUCGAGGAAUUCCAUUGUGAGUGUUGCAGGCGAAGAUAGCAGAACAUCCGCCUCAUUGAAGUUUCGUUAAAAUUCGAAAGACAUUCGGAGGUGCAUGUAUCUCAUAUAAGUAUCUAAGUUGCAACAAAUGCAUGUAACGAAGUGCUACAAAGGACUACGUUUCAGUCGUUUUCAAAAUUGUGUUAAAAAUAAAAUGACAAACAAUUUCAAAAAAGCAAAAAGAAAUCAUUCUCAGCAAAAUAAGCUGUGUCAUCUAAACAACGCCAGUAAAAAAGGGCUUCUCUGUGAUCUGCCCCGAAAUACGUUUAAAAUGUAGGUUAUGCCUGCCGGUGCACAUAAUAACCAGAAAUACGUGCUUUCCGAAAAUCAAGUUAAGGCCCUUGCACACAGUGCACGUAAAAGACGUUUAUGGUAGUUGAGAAGUUUGGUUCAUGUCAGAAACAUUCCUUUUCACCAAUCGAUAAUUAGGCAUCUUACAUUUCAUUUCUUAUUUUAGAUUGCGGGUGCAUCAGCGAGCUGGGCAUUAGGCUACGUGGUUGAUGCUACAGGAUAUAUCGCAAGUACCGAGCCAAAAAUUUAUCUUCAACAAACCGGUUUCAUUGUGGGUCUUACUAUCAUGACAGCUGCCAUGGUAAUGACAAUAGUGUUUCUUAUUCUUGUCGCAAGCAAGAGAGGCUGUACCUAAUUUGCGGGAGAACGCACAAACCGAUCAAACCAAUCUCAAGCGACCCCCCCCCAACAAUGCCACAAACAAUUCCGCCAAAACAUCAUGUUCAAUGGGACAUUUUUCACUUACGUCGUGACAGUUCGGAAAAAGGCUGUUUGCCAUUCGAAUCAUAUAUUUGAUUACCUGGUGUCUUUGUAAAAACCUUUCAUUCUAUUCAGGUGCCGAAAGAAAAGCGCUGCUUAAGGAGUAUAUUCGUUUUCCGCCCGGUAAUGGUUUAAGAUAAUGACCUUCGUUCUUCAUUCAAAACUUUAGAUAGAGUUGCGCUUCCCCAAGAUGCUUGUGCGUCUUAUUUUUGAUGGAGUCUAUAGAAAGGGCUCGAAGUAG